UUCCCUCCGGUCCCCCGCAACCCGCCCCACGCCGCUGAUUCGCUGGCAGCUUCUCCUCACCACAUCCUAACCAUGGCUGUGUUUCUGCAGCUGCUACCGCUGCUGCUCUCGAGGGCCCAAGGGAACCAAGGGGCUUCUCUGGACGGCCGCCCUGGGGACCGGGUGAAUCUCUCUUGCGUAGGAGUCUCUCACCCCAUCCGCUGGGUCUGGGCGCCCAGCUUUCCGGCCUGCAAGGGCCUCUCCAAAGGACGCCGACCGAUCCUGUGGGCCUCUUCGAGCGGGACCCCCACCGUGCCUCCCCUCCAGCCCUUUGUAGGCCGCCUUCGCUCCCUGGACUCUGGUAUCCGGCGGCUGGAGCUCCUCUUGAGCGCUGGGGACUCGGGCACCUUUUUCUGCAAGGGCCGCCACGAGGACGAGAGCCGCACAGUGCUUCACGUGCUGGGGGACAGGACCUAUUGCAAGGCUCCCGGGCCUACCCAUGGGUCCGUGUAUCCCCAGCUCCUGAUCCCGCUGCUGGGCGCUGGACUGGUGCUGGGACUGGGAGCUUUGGGCCUGGUCUGGUGGCUGCACAGGCGCCUGCCCCCGCAACCGAUUGGACCACUCCCUAGAUUUGCUCUGUCCCCUCCACAUAGCUCCACUUGUGAAAACCGAGCCCCAGAGGCCAGUAAAGGAGGAAGAGCCCAAGAUUCCAGGGGACCUGGACCAGGAACCGAGCCUGCUCUAUGCGGAUCUGGACCAUCUAGCCCUCAGCAGGCCCCGCCGGCUGUCCACAAUGGACCCUGCUGAUGCCUCCACCAUCUAUGCAGUUGUAGUUUGAAGGGAAGCCCUUACUCCAAACCUCCCAAGCUAGGGGAUCCCAGCUACCCAUAAUCCCUCUCCCCUCCUUGGUCCCUCACCUGGAAGAGGAAGGCACCAUGGUAUAGAAAUAAGUGCUAGACUGGGAGUUGGGAGACCUGGGCUCUAGGCUGUCUCUGCCACUGAUCUUACUCCUAAACUUAAUCACAUCUCUCCUAUAACCUCCAUGUCUCCCUCACCACCGGUGUCCUCUCUAUAUCCAAUCAAGCCCUAGCUCCUAUCUCACGAUAUCAAAAGUCCCAGACAGUUGCCUUAUCUCUUCCCUUCCCUUCACAGUCAAGCUUUGCAACCAGGGGCAUACACCUGCCUCUUCCAUUUUCUUCUCCUUCACUUUAUCCCCACUGCUCAUCUGUUGAAAUUGCUUAUCUGCUCUCCAUAAGAUUGCCAGUAACGUCCUAAUAGCCACACCCAGUAGACAUUUUUAGCAUUCAUCUGGUUUGGUCUCUGAUUACUCCAUUCCUUUUUUUUUUGAGAUAGAGUCUCACUCUGUCGCCCAGGCUGGAGUGCAGUGGCGCGGUCUUGGCUCACUGCAAGCUCCGCUUCCCGGGUUCACGCCAUUCUCCUGCCUCUGCCUCCUGAGUAGCUGGGACUACAGGCGCCCGCCAACACGCCCAGCUAAUUUUUGGUAUUUUUGGUAGAGACGGGGUUUCACUGUGUUAGCCAGGAUGGUCUUGAUCUCCUGACCUCGUGAUCCACCUGCCUCGGCCUCCCAAAGUGCUGGGAUUACAGGUGUGAGCCACGGCGCCCGGCCUGAUUACUCCAUUCUUUAAGCUCUAUUUUACUUUGUUGCUGGUGUUUUCUUUUUGGACCCCUCUUCCUUGCUCCAUAUCCCUACAGUAUUCCCCAUCAUUCUAGGUUUGUCCCUUUCUGUUCUUCUGGGACACUCUCAUCCACAGUCAGUCCUCAGCUCCCACUUCGGCAAAUGACACCCAGAACUCUGUCUGGCUCAGAUCUCAGAUUUGGGAUUAACAAACUUCCCCUUAGACAUUCUGCCUGACUGACCUCAAGCAUUUUGCACUCCGAAUGUCAAACCCAACUCAUUGUCAUCUCUGAAGCUGCUCACUUAAUUCUCCUCUGCAUUCUCUUUAACAACCCAGUUGCCCAACCCAGAAACUGGGAGUCACGCAGACCUCCUUCCUCUCUUACUCCCACACAGUGAGCCAUAAAGUCCAGUCUUUCUAUCUUAACAUCACUGUCAAGCCCACACUCUAUUCCAUGCCCAGCACUGCCAAGUGAAUGUACUCUCCUCACUUCCUUCCUGGAUUACCCAUAGCCCCACCUCAUCCUCCUACCCUUGCUUUCCUCCCUGAAGUCAGAGAUGCUACUUAAGAGAUAACUGCUUCUGACAGCCCUUAUUACAGAACUGAAGUACUCUCCUUAGCUUCAGCUCUGUGCCCACAUGCCUUGGCUUUGGAUACAACAUACUACAGCACUUUGUCCACUCUCCAGGCUUAUCUCUGUCACUCCACAUGCACAUCUUAGAAAAUGUCAGCCUUAAGAGAAUUCUCCCUAGCCCCAAAAUGUCUUUGCCAGUGCAAUUCCUUCUUUCUGUAGUACCGCUUUCCCUCCUCCACACUACCUGCCUGGCUAAUUCUUAUUUAUCCUCAGUUCAAGUGUGGCCUUCUCUGGGAAGCUGACCCUCCUUGCCCACCCCUUGUAUAUACUUUGAUGCCCUAGGGCACACCCCCUUUAUUUCCCUCAUAGAAACAGCCUUCUGUAAAUUGUUCCAUCACAUCACAACCUGUAUUUCAAUUUGGAAGAAAUUUGCAUGUACUGUGAGCUCCCCACCAUCAGGAGACUGACCCUUUUGAUAUCAUUACUAAGCCUCAGUAAAUGAAUGAAUGAAAAAUGAA